AUGAGACCAGGAAUCGGCCUUGAUAACAGUACAGCAGACUCACCACGUCCUCGCAAGCCGUCCAAUGCCGACUCGCAUUCUCCUUCGUUAGUUGGUGACCGUGAACGCCAUAGCAAUCCUGCCACUACUUUCUUCCUAUCUCGGGAUCCUGAUGCCUCCGUCAAGCCGCACCAGUCCGACAAGGGUGCUGGAGCGCCGCUGUCUGUGUCGCCCUUGAGCAGUCUGCAGGAUACCAUUGAAGAAGCCGACCGCGACCGGUCAUCAACCAAGCACAUCACACCCCGACAAGCUGAAGCCCCAGUACAAGGAAGAAGCGGGAGCCGACGUCGUUCGACCAUCAAGCCCGGGACGAACUGUGAACGCUUCCGACGGGGCUCGCCCAGCGCGAACGCCGACACCAAUGCCAGUUCCCCUCAGCCUGUCCUCGAGAGAGUCGUCAGCCCCUCGCCGUUACCUUCACGAGACAUUUCUCUACCUGGCAGUCCGAAAUCUCUUGCCUCACGAAGAUCGUUACAGACGAAGUCCUCCGCGAAUUCUGACGAUGAGCUGCUGACAAAUGCGGAUGAGACGAGCAGUCAGGCGAUACUAUCCAGUGGUGACGAAGACGAGAAUGAGACUGGGGCUGAGCGAGUCGGUGGUCCGGAGAUGUCGUCGUCACUAGGAGGAGGAGUCCAGGACAGCCACCCUGAACUUAUCAUGCCAAGUAUCAAGAUGCCGUCUAGACGGCCUUUUACGCAGAGAGGGAAGAGGUUAGGGAGGUUCAAGAUUAUGGUUGCUGGUCGGAAAGGCGUGGGAAAGACCUCCCUAAUAAAGUCCAUCGUCCAACUCUGUGAAGAUAUUGUCCAUGUCGAUCCGCUCAACACUUCUUAUCGAACUUCUACUAGUAUUUCGGAGCCAAUCAACGAAGUCUACGCCUCUACAAAGCCGUAUCCCGAAUGGUGGUCCACAAUUGAGGAGUCUCGCAUCCUGCGCCGGCGCAAGUCUAUGGGUGACUCUGUGCUUGAGAGGAAUAUCUGCUUUGUGGACACUGCUGAUUCAGUCAAGUUGGAGAUGCUUAUUCACUAUGCAGAACAACAACUGGUGAACGCCAUGAUGAGUGUUGAUCAGCUCGCGAGCGAGUUCUCGGGGUUAUUGAGUGGGAGGGGUGCCAGUCAGGUCGACGUGAUAUUGUAUUUGAUCUCAAAGGAUACCGUACAAGACGACUGCGACUGUAUUCGCCAGUUGUCCGAACUAUGCAACAUCAUUCCUCUUAUUGCGAAGUCGGAUCUUCUCACUAUCGAAGAUCAGCAAUAUAUCAAACAGUGUCUGGAUCCUAGCGUGUCCAGCUUACCUCGACUCCCAACAUCCCUAUCUUCGCCGGCGGCGUUAGUCCCAUCGACAUUAGAGCCCACCCAACCCACAGCGCCAGCACCAGCAACAGCUCCCUAUACGGUGACCUCAACUAAUGGUCCCGACCUCGACACGAUGGAUGCCUCCCUCCUCAUGUCGCCCGAAUACAUUCAACCGCUCCUUCCCUCUGAACUCAGCCUGCUCGUAGAAUCAAUAUUCGAGCCUGAGACGGUCGCUUAUCUGCGCCAUACCGCAGCGAGGAAACUCGUAGCUUGGCACUCAACACAUCCAAGACUAACCUCUGUACCAUCACCCUCUCUUCGGUCACAGUCGUAUAAUCCCUCAAUGCGCAAUUCGACACUCACCUCUCCAUUACAGACACCACUGAGCACUUCCAACUCGGGUGUUUUGAUCCCUAUUGGAUCAGAGGUCUCACUCAACACAUCGAACUCUUGGGCACUGGCCAAAGUCGCCGACCACACACAACGGGAGGAAAGACUGGCGCAGAUACGGCUGAGUAAGUGGGCAAGCGAAUUGCAGUUGAGUCUGCAGAGGGAGAGGGAGCGCUAUGAGCGACUUGCACGGGGGGAGAGAGCGGUCUGGCUUGUGGAGAGAAUGGGAGAGGAAGUCCGCGAUGGCACGAUCGUGCCCCUACUGCAGGGCGAUAGCGCACAGGCGCUAGUAAGAAAGGGCGGCAAAGGCAGCACGGCAUACGGAGUGGACGUCUUGCCGAGCUAUCAAAUGCAUGAUCCUCUGGGACUGUUAAGAUGGCGGGAUAGCAUGCGCACGAGGGGAUGGAUUGCUUUACAGAUUGUGGGAAGUUUCGGCGUUGUUGGUGGAUUAGCAUUUUGGCUGGCAAAGCAUUUUGGUGCGACUGGAAGUGUUAAUGAAUGGUGGACACAGGGCUGGCAUUACUUUGGUUGGCAUGAUUGA